AUGGAAGCUGUAGCAAAUGUGGUUGACGUUUUGGAGAAUGUUUUCUGUAAUCCGUGGAACAGAGACGUCGUGCACCUGAUUAGCCUGUCAACCGGGAUAUCAGCAACUCCUGAGGUCAGAGAUGACCUACUUCAGGCUAAUGAAAAGGGAAAAAGCGCGUCUAGGAAAUUCGUGGAACAGCGAUGCUCAUCUGAUGAAAGUGUUCCCUUUUUUGAUCCUCUGACAAAGCUCAAGCUUAAGUCAUUCAAGAAUCUCAAAGCUGUUACGAAGGUUCGUUCUAAGGAUGCUGUAAUUCCUAUCAAACUAGAUCGAGACGUAUUCUCGAGGAUGGCGUUAUUGGGACAAUUUCGCAAGAUAGACAUGCGAUUGGUGUUUACAUAUCCUCUCGGACCACUACCAUGGGCGCUAGCAGAUCCUUAUGGACUUCCAAGAAAGACUAACAAAGCCAAGUUAGCUCAGCAACUGGAAAAGCAAGUUGUCAUCAAGGACUGUUAUCCACUCGAUGCUACAAGUAUUUAUGACGGAAUGGCUGUGCUUCAGAAGUUUAAACCACCGCCUGGAGCCACAUUUGCAGUUCUAGCCGAAAGUUUGUUCACAAUGUUAACCAGCAACUUCAGCAAGCGAAUUGACGUUGUCUCCGAUAUUUAUAAGGAUAUCUCCAUAAAGAAUGCAGAAAGAUCGAAACGUGCAACUGGACCAGUAGGGAUUACUUACAAGAACAUCUUGCCCGGUUACCGAGUGAAGAAUUGGAGCAAGAUCCUGAGUGUAUCAGCCAACAAAACUGAGUUAGUGCGGUUCCUCGUGGGUCAAUGGAAACUGGAGCAGUAUCGAGACAAGCUUCUCAGCAAAACACUCUACGUAACUGAAGAGGAAACGUGCUGGAAAAUCAGCUCGUCAGAGGCCAGAGUAGUACCAGAGCUGAGAAGCAACCACGAAGAGGCUGAUACCCGUAUGGUCUUACACGCCAAGCAUGCAGGUGGCAAGUGUGUCAUCCACUCAGAAGAUACGGACGUUAUGGUACUACUCAUUGGCCACGCCCACAACCUGGGCAAGUGCUACUUGCAGAAGGGAAAUGGAUCAAAGCGUAGAAUUGUCGGGAUCUCUGAGAUUGCUGAUCAACUGGAAAGGCAAGUAGCAGAUGGAAUUACAAAACAAGAAGCUUGUGAGGCUUUAAUGGGGCUACAUGCGUUAACAGGUUGCGACACAGUGUCAGCCUUCUCUUCGAAGGGCAAAUUGCGGCCAAUGCAGAUGCUCGUCAUGAAUCAUAUCUAUGUGAAGACAAUGAAAGACAUUGGCAAGGAAUGGAGUGUAAGCGAUGAUACAUUUAGCGCAACAGAAGAGUUUGUGUGUCAUUUAUAUGGAAAGAAGGGUAAGAGUGUGGAUUCAUUGCGAUAUGAGCUCCAUUAUGCGAAAGGUGGCAAGGUCGCGCCAGAAGCAUUGCCGCCAUGUCAGUCAUCGCUGCGGCUGCAUGUGUCUCGUGCAAACUAUCAGGCUGCUAUCUGGAGGAGAGCUACAGAAGCGUGUCCUGAUAUCCCUUCCCCGCAUGGGCAUGUCUGGAACGUGAGUUCUUCCACUUUAGAAUUUAUAUGGCUUGGUUCGAAGCCCGCUCCUGAAUAA